CUCAGGCCUCCUCGGUCGCUGGUCCCUGCGACCCACUGUCCCCGCGCAGUCAUGGCGGUGGUCAGGGCUCUGGUGGCGCCCAGGCUGGCGGCGGCCUCCGCGUUCGCGCCGCUUCAUGCACCCGCCCCGCGCGUGGCCCUACACAGCUCCGCGCCGCGGCCCCGGGCCAGGGUCGCGCUGGUAAAUUCUGUACCCCAGGGCUUGCACGACUGCUCAGGCUUGGGCUCUGAGGAUCAGGAGGAGGGAGAACAGGGGAACCGCCGGGCGCAGAGUGCCGCGGGGUCCCGGGGCUGUGACGCUGCCGUGGACCUCCCAGGACGGAGGAGCCGCGUGUGCAGAGCGGACAGCCCAGAGACGGGGCUCGUGGCAGGGAGCGUGUACUUUGGGAUUCGGAGGGGGGCCACGCCGGACGCCUCCGCGGUCAUCGCUGCAGUGACAGAAGCCGUGUGUCGUCUCACCUGCGCCUCUCACCUGGUCACUGGAGGGCCUGCUGGCUUUAGGUCCACGGCCUGCGCACCUGUCACCUUCGAGGCUUCUUCUCGUGCUAGGAGCACCUUCGCCGUGGACGGGAAAGACUGCAGAGUCCACAAAGACGUGGAGCGCGUCCUGAAGGAGUUCCACGAGGCCGGCAAGCCUAUCGGCUUGUGCUGCAUCGCUCCCGUUCUCGCAGCCAAAGUGCUCCGCGGCGUCGAGGUCACCGUGGGCCACGAGCAGGAGGAAGGCGGCAAGUGGCCCUACGCGGGGACCGCAGAGGCCAUCAAGGCCCUGGGCGCCAAGCACUGUGUGAAGGGAGUGACCGAAGCUCACGUGGACCAGAAGAACAAGGUGGUCACGACCCCGGCCUUCAUGUGCGAGACGGCGCUCCACCACAUCCACGACGGGAUCGGGGCCAUGGUGAAGAAGGUGCUAGAACUCUGUGGGAAGUGACAGCGCCGUGAGCCCCGCCUCGUCCACCAGGUGGAGCUAGUGGCCUGGCUUCCCGUGCUGCCUGCCGUGCGGCAGGAAUUCGAUUCUCUGCUUGCGUCUAUAGGUGCUUUUUGUCUGAAGAGGAACCCUUGGCUGGGGUCGGCGGAGGCAGGCAGGGCCCGCACUGAGCCUGCGGCUGGUGCCUGCUUGGUGCCUGCGGGCGCAGGGGCGGCUGACAUCCUCCUGUGACAGAGAUUAAAAUGGGACCUGCUCUUUCAGGAGAAGAAUUGGGGCACAACAUCCCACACUCUUAGGUUUGGCUGGCCGUAGGGUCCUUGGUGUCUGGGGGGGAAGAAUUUUUAAGUUUGUGGGUCUGGUAAUUAGGAAACCACGUCACUGAACUUCUUGGUGAUUGAGAACUCUGUAACUUGGAGUAAUGCGUUCAGAAAUGACACGGGGGCUUCAUUUGAGGCCGGGGGAGUUUGCUUUCCCAAAUGGACGCCGGGACGGCCGCGUGUCGGGCCUCCUGAAGCUGGCACGCGGGAGCACAAACCAGGGCUCUAGCUUUCCAGAAGGGGGGGGGAGGGUGUGGCAGCCAGUCUGUGUGGUCGGCCUGCUGGGCGGAGACCGUCGGGUUGGUCCCAGGCCACGAGCAACAAACAGCCGGUGUCGGAUGUA